UCAUAUCAGUAUAAACAGGAUGUGCGAUAGAGACACGGCAGACAUGCGUUGUGGGUGGGAUGCAGCACGCAUAAAGGGAAUACAUCCGGGACUUAACCCAUAAAGCAUGCGGAUUGGGGCCAGCUGAGGAAGAAGUUCGAUAUUCCAGCCAGCAAACAGAGAUACUUUAGUCCAUCCUUGGGUAAGUGACCACUGUGUGCAGAUUUCGAGCUGUAGUCCGUGAGAUGCUUUUUCAAGAUAAUCACACGGGCAACUCAUAGUUGUCUUUGCAGAAGGAAUUCCUGCUACAAUGAGAUUGUGUAUCGUGUUCAUCCUUGUGUGUCUGUGUGGCAUGGCUGUAGCUGUAGCCAUGCGACCGUGGCUUGGUCCAAACAAGAACAGGGAGACAGAGACAGAUCGUGGAUCAGAGGUGCAGCAUCACGAGACAUCCCAUCGCAGACAAUCACGUUACCACUGGGUCAUGAAUUUGAAUAAUAUGGAUAAAGGCGCAGGUGAUGGGUUUGAAUGGCCACAUGCACAAUCCCACCACAGAGGCUUACGCUAUCGCCGGGAUGUAUCUGGGUUUCAUGAUGAUGGCCACGAUGAUGGCCACGAGGAUGGCCACGAUGAGGUUGAAUGGCCGCAUCGCGACCCAUCUCGUCACGGACUAUCACACAGGCGCUGGGGUAACAAUAGACGUCAUGAUCAGUAUGAUGAUGACGAUGGUUAUGAUGGCUAUCACCGCAGAGGGUUGCGACGUCCCCGGAGGAUGAGGGUGCAUAAUGAUCAGUAUAAUGACCAGGAAUAUUGGUCUGAUGAGGGGCCACACGAUGAUACGUCCCGCCGGUCACCAGGAAGGAGAUUUAGAGGUCAUCGCCAGUCACACAGGCAACACCCCUGGACGCAGAUCAUGAAUAGAAUCAGACAGACAAGAACACAGCUCGGUGAAACCUUUGAUGGCCUUUACAAUGAUACCUGGGGAAUGGUUUUCCCAGAUAUGGAUCUAAUAGAUGUAGUCAACUGGUGGGAAGACGAGAAUGUGUGCGUAACGAGAGAGUCGCUCAAUGAAACCGACUCCCCUGACGUCACAUCCUCUGGUAACCCAGGUUCCGUGCAGGUGUCGAUGACGUCAUCCCGCUGUGAGGAACUGGACGAUGUCUAUAGAUGCACAACCAGGGUGAGUGUGUACGGACUGACAAAAAUUUAUAGAAUCAUCUAUCAGUGUUGUCCAGGGUACGAGCAUCAGCCUGGUGCAGACGGAUGUAUACAGAUGUUAGAGCUGAAGAGUGUGGAGGAAGUGGCUACUGAUCUUGGACUAACCAACUUCGUUGAAGUGCUCGGUCAUUUGGAAUUGUCGGACAUGUUGGUCAACGAGAACGUUACACUAUUCGCGCCGACAAACGAAGCUAUACAGGAAUUCCACGCGAUGGAGCGCCUACAGACAGUGGAUGAGAAGGAAGAGGAAGGCCAGGCUGACACGCACGCGAUACUGAAGGGUCACGUCGUGACUGGGGUCGUGAGGUCGUCGGGUAUGGCGGAUGAACAGACGAUACUCACGGAGGCUGGCCACAAGCUGAGAGUUAACAUCUACCGGAGCCGCAGCGGAAGCAGGCUUCUGCUUGCCAACUGUGUGCGCGUAACUUCAGUGGACAACAUGGCCGUCAACGGGGUCGUCCAUGUUCUGGAGAAGGUCAUGGCCGCACCGGUGCUCACUAUCAUGGACGUGAUUAGCAAGGAUGCCCAGUUCAGCAUGCUCAAGUCAUGGGUUUCGCAGACGGACUUAGUACAGGGAUCUGCCACAAUGACGGACAGUGGACCCUACUAG